AUGGCUAUCACGCUGGCUACGAGGCUACCCAAAGUGCAAGUCGAAGCCGUCACAGUGGUCGCGGGAAACGGCAACCUGUCCACCGGGUACGACAACACGCUGAGGACACUGAAUGCCAUCGACCGAACGGACGUGCCUGUUUACAAGGGAGCUGACAGACCUAUUGACGGCCUUUGGGACGCCGAAAAAACGUACUUCGGGCCCGACCAAUUCGGAGGCGUCAGUCAGCGGUACCCGAUCUCGAGGAAUGCCGCCGCCGACCCCCAGACUCCCGGGUACAUCAAGAUGAUCGAGCUGAUAAAGAAGAACAGAGGAGAACAAACGCUAGUUUUGACGGCCCCUCUGACAAACUUGGCAAUCGCGUUGCUCACGGCACCAGACAUCUCAGAGGGAAUCCGGCAUGUGUACAUCCUGGGAGGAACCCUAUACGGUAAAGGUAACGUCAAUCCAACGGCCGAAUUCAACUUCUUCACAGACCCCGAAGCAGCCUUGGUAGUUCUGCAAAGGGCCAAAUGUCCUGUCACCCUUAUCCCAUGGGAGGCAGCCCUUCAGGCUACAGUGCCAUGGGACACUUACUACAGCGUCACGAAGAAGUCGGGCCGACUUCAGGAGUUUCUGCGCGACAUCACGACUCACACCGUCCGUUGCUGCCUUGAGCGGAGGCCAGAGCCCGGGCUGGGUUCAACGUGGGAGACUUCCUGGCGGUUCUCGCCGCAGCGGUGCCCGAGAGCGUCUCCAGCACACUGGAACAGCGCGUUGACGUCGAGAGGAGCGGCGAGUACGCCAGUGGUCAGCUCGUACACGCGUGGGAGCCCAAGAUCUUGCCUCAAGUGAAACGCAACGUGACGAUUGUCAGAAAAUUCGACGUGGACGUUGUCGAAAAAUACUUCAAGUACGCCUUCGACUCGAGUGAAGCCUGAUAACUUAAUAAAC